AUGGCUGUUACAGCGGGGGCUCUGAAUGGUAUGAAAGGUGUUCCACAUAACGCUCUCUAUGUCCCUGGUACGGAAAUAGUUGGCGGAGGAAGUAGCGAUCAACUUAUGCUGUCAUUUCGGGUCCUGUUCCUUGGGUUGGACAGGACAGUUCAGGCAGUGCUGCUGCUGUUGGGGGGAUAUGAAGUCCCUACUGUUAAGAUGGCUUCCCAGAGUCAUAGCGCUUCAAUUGGAGGUCCUGGAAGAUUGAAUCAACCGCAAAGGGCGGGUUCUUUGAGUCAUUUUAGGGAAAAAAGGAAAGAAAGAUGUUUUGAUAAAAAGAUCCGAUAUACUGUUCAGAAGGAAGUUACACUUCGGCAAUACAACUUCGUUUAUUUCCUUAAAAAUCAUGUUGGAAGUGUUGGUUAA